GCUGCGGCUGCGGGAAGGUCGCGGGAUCGGCUGCGCUGCGCUGCUCCGCUCCGCUCUCGUCUGGACCCUGCGCGCUGUGCUUCCCUCGCUCUUCCCCUGGGCGCAGCUUGUUCCUGAUCUCUAGCGGCGUUCUGCACGGCGGUGACCUUCACUCUGAUAGCCAGCAUGAUUCCUGACAAGACACCCGUUGGAGAAGACAUCUAUCAUGGUGCUGCUGAAGUUGCUGAAGGAGCUCAUGUGCCGAAUUUUCAGAAGUACAAGGAACUUUACUUGCAUUCCGUGCAGAAUCCGGAAGAAUUCUGGGGGAAAAUUGCAAAAGAAUUCUACUGGAAAACGCCCCAAACUGGCAGUUUCCUGGACUAUAACUUUGAUGUUACAAAAGGAAAAGUUUACAUCAAAUUGAUGGAAGGUGCUACCACGAAUAUAUGCUACAAUCUCUUGGACAGAAACGUUUAUGACAAAAAGCUGGGGGAUAAAAUUGCAUUUUACUGGGAAGGGAAUGAACCUGGGGACUCUAUAGAAGUAACUUACAAGGGUCUCUUACAGCAAGUCUGCAAAUUUGCCAAUGUUCUACGAGCUCAGGGAGUGAAGAAAGGAGACAGAAUUUCAAUAUACAUGCCAAUGAUUAUAGAAUUGGUUGUUGCCAUGUUAGCUUGUGCCAGAAUAGGGGCAAUCCAUUCCAUUGUGUUUGCAGGAUUUUCUUCAGAAUCUGUGUGUGAAAGAAUUCUGGAUUCUCACUGCACUUUUCUAGUUACAGCAGAUGGAUUCUACAGAGGAAAUAAACUCAUAAACCUGAAGCAGGUAGUGGAUGAAGCACUUAGGAAGUGCAGAGAGAGGAACUUCCAUGUUCGCAAAUGCAUUGUUGUGAAGCACCUUGGAGUGUCAGAAGAAGCUUGCGCAGCUGAGACUUCAACUAGUCCACAGUCACCUCCUGCGAAACGACCCUGUCAGGAUAAGGACAAUGAAAAAACAAAGAAUACUCAUCAUAAAAUACAGAUACCGUGGAACGCAGAUGUUGAUGUAUGGUGGCAUGAGCUAGUGAAGGAAGCCAGUGAUGAAUGUGAACCUGAAUGGUGUGACACUGAAGAUCCUCUCUUUAUCCUUUACACUAGUGGAUCAACUGGGAAACCAAAGGGUGUGCAGCACACUGUUGGAGGCUAUCUUCUUUACACUGCUACAACCUUUAAAUAUGUAUUUAACUACCAACCUGAUGAUAUCUAUUGGUGUACAGCUGAUAUUGGAUGGAUUACAGGACAUUCAUACAUCACUUAUGGACCUCUGGCCAAUGGUGCAACAAGUGUCAUGUUUGAAGGUUUACCGACUUAUCCAGAUUCAAGUCGAUUCUGGGAGAUUAUUGAUAAAUACAAAGUGACAACAUUUUACACUGCACCCACGGCUAUUCGAUUGUUAAUGAAAUAUGGAGAUGGUCCAGUUAAAAAGUUUAGUAGGCAGUCUUUGAAAAUCCUUGGUACAGUGGGAGAACCAAUAAACCCAGAGGCCUGGCAUUGGUACUAUACAGUAAUUGGUAAUGGGAAAUGUCCAAUUAUGGAUACUUUCUGGCAGACUGAGACUGGUGGUCACAUGAUAACUCCUCUUCCAGCUGUCAUCCCGCAGAAACCAGGAUCAGCUACUUUUCCCUUUUUUGGUGUGGUUCCUGCCAUUCUUAAUGAAUCUGGAGAAGAAUUGGAAGGAGAGGCUGAAGGUUAUCUGGUAUUCAAAAAACCUUGGCCAUCUGUAAUGCGUACAGUUUAUGGCAAUCAUGAACGUUUUGAAGCUACCUAUUUUAAAAGGUUUCCUGGCUAUUUUGUUACUGGAGAUGGUUGCAAGAGAGAUAGAGAUGGUUAUUACUGGAUCACAGGAAGGAUUGAUGACAUGGUGAAUGUAUCUGGGCAUCUUUUGAGUACUGCUGAAGUGGAGUCUGCAUUAAUUGAACAUGCUGCCAUAGCAGAAGCUGCUGUUGUUAGCUAUCCCCAUCUUGUGAAGGGAGAAAGCCUCUACUGCUUUGUCACUCUAAAGGAUGGACAUGAAUUUACCAAAAUGCUUGUCACUGAACUAAAAAAUCAAGUUCGUGAAAAAAUAAGUCCUAUUGCUACUCCUGAUUACAUACAAAAUGCACCUGGAUUGCCCAAAACCCGUUCUGGUAAAAUUAUGAGGCGCAUUCUGAGGAAAAUUGCCCGAAAUGAGAAGGAUCUUGGAGAUGUAUCAACUCUUGCAGAUGAAUCAGUUAUAGAUGAACUCUUCAGCAACAGAUGCAAAACCACUUAAAACAGAUUUACGCAUAUUCAACAUGCAUUGAAAUGCAUCACUUGUAAUUUAAUAAAUAUACAGUAUAUGCGUGCUUGGGGAAGAACAAACCAGAUCUAUAGAAAACCUGUGUCUAAAAUAUCAAAAGCAGUAAUUGUAUAGAUCAUGGUGAUAAAUUUGAUUUGUGGGAUAUUGUUUUGUUACUUGUUUUUAUGGGGAAUUAAUUUCAUUAUAAGUAAUGCAUUUGCAGUAAUUUUGAUUAACUUCCAGCAACAUUUUAAAGAAUGCAAUAUUUUAAAGAUUUUUUGUUUUAUUUGCUUUGUGUUGUCUGUAUUUUAUAAAAGUUUGCUUUGAGUGCAGUAUAACAACCAAACAUUCCAAACUAUUUUAAACAAAAGUUUUUAUGAAGUUAUCUUUCUGUUCUAAUAGUAAAACAGAUGAGAAUAAGUAUUUUACCUUUUGAGUGUAGCAAAAACAAAAGGUCUCAGGCUGUAUUGUGUAAUUAUUUACCUUCACUGUCCCAGAGUUAAGUUACGAUUAAUUCUUUUUAUUGGAAUGUUGACCAUUUAGGGAAGACCAUUUAAAAUGUUUUUCUAAGAAGGUGUGACUUUAGACAUGUAUAUUGGUGGGGAGGGUAUAAAAUUGGAUUAUUUCUUUAACACCAGCAAUUUGUUCUGGCACUACUUGUGGUAAUUAUGGAACUCCUGUUUUCUUACUGGAUGAGAAUUUUAAACAGAAAUUUUGGUUAUGUGGAUCUAUUAGACCUGCGGAAAAUUAACCAUACACCAUACUUUUUAUUGAAAAAGUGUGUAUAUUUGCAAAUUAUAUUGUACCUUGCACUAGAUUCUGGCACUGCUUUAACUGAUGAAUGUGAUAGUAAUAUGUAUGCUCCAAUUAAAGCUUUUUGUUUUAUACA